AUGGCGCCUAGAAUAGCUUCUCUAGAAGAGAUUAACGAUAGAAAGAUUGUUGGCAUCAACCGAGAAACAGUUACAAAUAUCACUUCGACAGAUUUCCCCGGUCAUUGGCCUGGCGAAAAUCAUGAGUGGUCUAUUGAGAAAUUUAGAAAUAACCUCAUCGUCACUUUUCACAAAAAUGAACCCUACGAAGCUUCUUUCUCCUUAAUCGGCGUCGAUGCAUCAAUAGCAAACGCCUUCCGUCGCAUCCUUAUAUCUGAGAUCCCUUCCCUUGCCAUUGAAACCGUCUACAUACAUAACAACACCUCCGUCAUCCAAGAUGAAGUCCUCGCUCAUCGCCUCGGUUUAGUCCCCCUAACCGGAUCCCCCGAGGGCAUCAAUUGGCUGCGCUGGUUCAGACAGCCAAAUGAGGGCGACCCGUCCUCCGGCAGCGAGCUCGCAGAUUACAACACCAUCGUUCUCCAUCUCAACGUAGAAUGCAAGAAAAAUCCAAAAGCGAGCCCAGAUGAGCAGGAUCCACUGAAGCUUUACAGCCACGCCCACGUCUACGCUAAAGACAUCACAUUCCAGCCCGUAGGCCGGCAGGAGGCAUAUUUCCCAGAACCCGAUGGUGGAAUCCGACCCACGAACCCGGACAUUCUUCUAGCGAAAUUGCGGCCUGGUCAAAAGAUCGAUAUUGAAAUGCAUUGUGUCAAGGGCAUUGGAGCUGACCAUGCUAAAUUCUCCCCCGUGGCGACGGCUUCAUAUCGUCUCCUUCCCGAUAUCCGCAUUCUUCGACCCAUCCUGGGAAUGGAUGCUGUGAAGUUCGCAGGCUGUUUCCCUGAAGGUGUCAUCGGAAUUGAGACUGUAACUGCGGAAGAGGCGUCACAGCGUGGAAGCGGGUACGAAGGCCACGAAGGCGCGAAGAAGGCUGUAGUUCUUGAUCCCUUCAAGGAUACUGUGAGCAGGGAAUGUUUAAGACACGAGGAAUUCCGGGGAAAAGUUAAGCUGGGCCGGAUACGUGAUCACUUCAUCUUCAAUGUUGAGAGCACGGGACAAUUCAGGAGUGACGUAUUAUUCCUGGAAAGUGUGAAGGUUCUGAAGCUCAAAUGCAGGAAAUUGAAACGGGAUCUAGCUAAGAUUGUUGAGACACUAGAAGUUUCUUGA